GUCCCUUUGGGAGGUUCUUCUGGGAGGAGCCUCGGCGAGCAAGGUGGUACACAGGAGAGGAGUGGCCGGGUCGCACAUGGCCUGGCGAGGGGAGAGCAAACCUGCAGACCAAUGGGGCGACGGCGAGGAUUCAAACGCAAUGCCCAUGGUCACUUUGAGGAACCUGAUAAGUCGCGAGCAGCAGAGCGACUCCAGAUUCCCUUACGCCAAAAUGGUUUUGAGUAACAAGGAGAGGCAGUCCAUCAAGCCCAAGCGUGAGGUGGACUCCGUCAGUAGGAAAGACAGGAUGCCGACAAUGUUGUCCAGCAACAAGGUGUUAAACCUGGAGAUGAGGAGAGUUAAAAACAGCACAAGAAGCGCAGAGACUUCCAACACAGUGUGGUCGGAGAAAACGUUUGUCCAUCACAAGGUGGAAACGCAUUCCAAUAAAACCAGGGUCAAGUCCGGGUCAAGGUCUCGGAGCAGGGCCGAUCUGAGCGCUCACACCACAGGUAUGCCCGGGAAAGGGUUCAGCGUGGACUCAAGCAGAAAGCUCAACCUCACCGGUGGUUACGGCGUGCUGAAGCUGCUGUCGAAAGAUAACUUAGUCAGGAUUGUCAAUUCCCAAAUGCAGAAAGUUUCCGGCCUCGGCUUUCCGAGCAAGGGCAGCCGGAGCAGGAAGAGAGACUUGAUUGACGUUAAUCACGAGCAAUUAGAGACUCAGAAGGAGCCGAGACAAGAUAUGGCUGCCGUUCAGCCUCACGCUGGAUUCGAUAAUCAGACCGCAUUUCCAUAUGCGAGCACGGUUCCCAGCCCAGAUCUCUACCCCCGCCAGAACGCGGCUACUCAUAUUAAUCCGCCGAGCAACGCCAAGCCGGCUUUAAGCAGAGGGCAAGACAGCUUGGGAACACCGAGCUCUGACGGUGGUGAUAACAAGAGCAAACACCUCGCUCGUUCCCUGUCGACGCCUCGCGGCGAGGUCGGCCUCGGCCCCGAGAAAGAGGCGAUAAUCGGCCAAACGGAGCCGCCGUUUACAUCGACGAAGCGUCUGCCUGUGUAUGUUCUUCCAGAGACAAACGAUUCUCCUCCAUCUGUGCUGACGGUGCAACCCCUGGGAGCAAGAGGAGGGAACAGAGCAGCAGAUUCCCGCCGAGACCCAUUAACGGAGUCAGCUCGCGCCGCUAAAACCAAUCCUGCCAAGUUUCUCGCAGAUGAAGACUACAAACUUGUCAACAGCAGCCAUGUCCUGAGGCUCCAGCCCGCUCCCAGGUGGAGCCACGGCGCGAAAGAAGCCGAACUCCAAGCCGCUGACCCGGUAAAUGGAAAUGGCCUCGUGUUCGAAGAGGCGUCGGAGUCGGACGGCGAGCGGGAGGCGCAGCGGCCUGCGGAGGGGAGGCGGUCGCGCUCUCGCAGCAGGAGGAGCUGGAUCUGGAACCAGUUCUUUGUGAUCGAAGAAUAUGCCGGUCCAGAACCUGUGCUCAUUGGACGGCUCCACACUGACAUGGACAGGAAUGAUGGCCGCACCAAGUAUAUCCUGCGAGGCGAGGGGGCGGGCUCAGUGUUCGUGAUUGACGAGAAAACGGGCAACAUUCACGUCACCAAACCCCUGGACCGGGAAGAGAAGGAUGAGUACCGUCUCAUCGCCACGGCCACCGACAGGCAGACCGAACGUCCCCUGGAGCCGUCGUCACAGUUCAUAAUUCGGGUGCAGGACAUCAAUGACAACCCUCCCGUCUUUGAUGAAGGCCCCUACAGCGCCACGGUGCCUGAGAUGGCAAAUAUAGGUACGUCCAUAAUCCAGGUGACGGCGACAGAUGCUGAUGACCCGACGUACGGGAACAGCGCCAAGCUUGUGUACACACUGGUGCAGGGCCAGCAGUACUUCUCCGUCGAUCCCCAGACAGGGAUUUUACGCACAGCGGUCCCCGAUAUGGACAGGGAAACCCAGGACCAGUACCUGGUGGUCCUUCAGGCCAAAGACAUGGGGGGCCACCUGGGUGGAUUAUCCGGGACCACCACCGUCACUGUGAAGCUCACGGACGUCAACGACAACCCUCCCCGCUUCACCCAGAGCAUGUGGUCCUUCUCCGUUUCUGAGCUCGCCAUCCCCGGUGCCGAGAUCGGGCGCAUCUCCGCGACCGACGCCGACCUCGGCGAGAACGCCAAGCUGGAGUACACCAUCCUGGAGGGGGAGACGGGGGAGACCUUCAACAUCACGGCCGCGAGCCAGGAGGCGGUCAUCACCCUCAACAAGCCUGUGGACUAUGAGAGCCGGAGUUCCUACUCCUUCUCAGUGGAGGUCCUGAACCCCAUAGUGGAUCCUCGCUUUCUACGCCGGGGCCCCUUCAAAGACAGAGCUUCGAUCCGAGUGGCUGUGCUAGACGCUGAUGAGCCCCCGAGGUUCUCCCGAUCCAAAUACCACAUGGACGUGUCCGAGAACUGCCCACCUGCCUGCACCGUGGGCCGGGUCAGCGCCGUCGACCCCGACACCGGUCUGACUAAUAAUAUCAGAUUCUCAAUAGACCCUCAGUCGGAUCCGGAGGCCCUGUUUCAUAUCAGCCCAGAGACCGGCCUCAUCACCACGGCGAUGGAGCUGGACCGCGAGCGGGAGCACUGGCACAACAUCACCGUCAUCGCCACCCAGAGAGACAAUCCCAGCCAGGUGUCCAGAGUUGUGGUCGGAAUAGAGACGUUAGAUCUCAAUGACAACGCUCCCGAGCUCGACAGGCAAUACUCCACGGCCUUGUGCGACUCAUCCAACGCUGGCCAGGUGGUGCAGGUGUUGCGGGCGAUUGAUAGAGAUGAGGGAGGGAACGACAGCACUGUGUAUUUCAGCAUCCCUCCAGAAUCCGCCGUCGCCCUCAACUUCAGCGUCAGAGACAGCGGAGGCCCCACAGCCAGCCUGGUGCUGCUGUCCCAGCUCCAGCCGUUAUCCCGCUCCCCAUCCUCCACCUUGACGCUGCACGUCCCGCUCGUCCUCAGGGACGGGACGUCGGGCCUCACCAGCACGGGGACGGUCACCGUGUCUGUCUGCCCCUGCCUGAGGGGAGGAGCCCGCGCCGAGGAGAAGGACAAGCAGGCAGAGGGAGAUUCGGACUGGGAGAGAGAGGCAGUGUGUUUGCCUCAGCAGUCCAUGCUGCCCUCCCCGGGGCUCAGCACUGCCGCCCUGCUGGCUAUCCUGGCUUGUGUUGCUACGCUACUGGCAGUGAGCGCCCUGUCGCUGUCGCUGCGCCGUCAGAAGAGGGACUCCCUGUCGCCGCUGGAGGAGGACGACGUGCGCGAGAACAUCAUCACCUACGACGACGAGGGCGGCGGGGAGGCCGACACGGCCGCCUUCGACAUCGCCGCGCUCCAGAGCGCGCCGCACAGCUCCCGCUCUCGAGGCUAUCGCACGCUCGACAGCAGGAACGUGCGUUACACCCAGCAAGGUCAAGACAAAGGUCGCAACUACGCCUGGCCCCAGAAUCCAGCUGUGGACCACAGCUACUCGGCACCAGGUGGACCCCUUUACGGUCGCCUCUGCUACAGCAGCCACACCCUCCCGGUUCUCCGCCGUACACCAGGCGGAACCUUCGAUCCGGGCCUGGCGGAGCUGGCGUACCGCAUUCCCGGAGCCCAGCCGGACCACUCCCUGGUCAUCCAGAACCAAGGCGCCAUGGUCGGGCCGAUGGAGUCGGGGGCGGUGUACGUAGCGCCCACAGACCUCAGCACGGGGAGCCGAACGGGCAGUCGCACCGGCAGCCGUGACGGGACGGCGCCGCAAAGCGGAGUGAGCACGUCGGACGGAGGGACUCCGAGGACCAGCGACAGUCAGGAGAGAGGAGGCGGGACGGGACCGGGCAGCAGCUGCAUGGACGGAAGCAGUGAGGACAAAAGUAAUCACAAUCAGGAUCUGGACUGGGUGCAGUCAGAGACGUUGCCCAGGGAGCACAGCCUCGUUAUGACCCGCUCUGGCUCUCUGAUGGGUCCGGGUCACGCCGUCGGAGGCUGGGUUUGCGACUCGGCGACCCUCCCCACGGCCGGGCGCAGGGCCUCCCGCUCCGGCCCGUCCCCGCAGCGCACCGGCCCCGGCCUACCCGAACACGAGCCCAGCAGGGAAGGAGGAGGAGUCGAAGGGGGAGGAGGGGAGCGGGGACGAGGAGUCGGAAACGGGAAAGCUUCCAGAGACGGACAAUCAGUCGGCGGACGCAACUACGCCACUGUCCACCAGGGGGAGGUGCCUGGAAAGAGGGACUACACCAGCAGCCUGGGCAGAGGGGGACUGGAAAUGGGAAGCAACUUUGUGGUGGCGAGACCGGACAGGGAGAACGGAGGAAUCCCGCUGACUGGAACGCCGUCUGUCUUCUCGGAGGCAGCUGGAUUUAUUGGGGACUGGCGAGAGCAGAUGGGUUUAGGGGGGUACGUUUUGGGCAGGAGGGACAUGAGCCCCCAGCUUUUACCCUUCCCGGGGCAGCCGAGGGGAACGCUAGGCGGAGUGAUGGGCUAUGGGCCUGGCUGGGUUCCUGGGAUGGAGGCAACGAGAGGGCCGCAGGGGCCCGGCGGCCCCUCCUUGGCACUCAGGGUGGGUGAGUUCCUACGCCUGCGUCUCGCCCAGGUCACUUUCGACCCCUCUCAGCCGCCGUACGACUCUGUGCAGGUGUACGGCCUGGAGGGGACAGGAUCCAGAGCCGGGUCCCUCAGCUCACUGGAGAGCGACGGCGAGAAGGAGGAUUGGGGCGUGGGGCUCGAAGACUGGGGCCCUCAGUUCCAGAAACUGGCCCAGCUCUUUAAAAACAGAGAGAAAGCUCGAGAAGAUCAAGAAAAAGUUGAAGAAGUUGCCAAAAAGGAGAGAGAGCAGAAGGAAGAGUCUGACAAAACAGAGAAAAGGGAGGUGGAGGAAGCAAGAGAUGAAGGGAAAGACUGAGGAGAGAGCAAGAAAAACAAAACAAAAAAAAAACGGGAAAUCAGUGGGGGCAAAGGAGGCGGUAGGGAAGGGUAGGUGAUGAAAAGGCAACCAGAGGUAGAAUAAUGUGAAGAGAAGUUAAAGGAGAGAAAGAUGAAGAGGCAAAGUAAUAAAAAGAGACAGAGAAAAAUGAGCCAAGGGAGGAUGGAGAAUGUGAGGGCAGGAGAGGGAGUGAUUGAUGUAAUUUAAAGCAAUAAGUGUUGAAACGCUGAUAUGGUUGAGCACAGAUACUGAGACAAUGCGGAGGCUGCAUGGGCUCGGGGCAGCAACAAUUUGUUAAACGCUCUGGACAAAGAAAAACAACCCAAACAUCCCAGACUCGAUUUCAUUCAGCCCGCACGUAUGGAAUGAGAAUUAGCAGGAAAACAAGGAGAAAGAAAGAUGCUACCUGUUGUAUGCGUGUGUGUGCGUGUGGGUGUGUGUGUGUGUGCGUGCAUGUGUGUGUUUGCAUGAAAGAGAAAGUCUGGCUGUGUAAGAACAAGUGCAUUAUUCAGACACACCCAUCUUUGUGAGCUUAAGUGUGAAGAAUUAAAUAAAGACAAAAAAAAAGGAGAGGGAGAGAUGAGGAGUAGAAAUCAAAAUACCCAGGGACAAUUUAAAGAGAAGAACAGGAAGUAGUGCUGCACAGGCGACGGUGUUGGUAUUUGGAAUGACGCGCAGACGGAGUCGGAAAGUGGAAAAACACACAAAAUGGCCGGAAGGGUUUCUGGGACGAAGAGGCGCCGGGACGGCGGGAAUGUAUAGCGUCAGGAACGAUCUCAUGAGGGAAGCGACUGUACAGCGAACUAUUACUUUUUAUUCCUUCUGCUGGGGCCGAGAAGUUGAAUAAUUCAGCUUGCUUCUCCAAUCCAAAUGAAAAUGAUGAAUCAUUUAAGUCCCGCCAAACGAUUCCAAACCUCCUCUGAGCCCGGCGAGUAAAACAGACAUUGUGAAAAAUUUAAACCAUUUAGGGAUGUUGCCGCCCGCUCCCCCAACGCCACCACCCCGUCUCAACCUUUCGUAGUCGAGUGUUGAUAUGUUUACAGAGGUUUCACACGCUGACGCGUCCCAACGAAAAAAGGACCGAAUACAGUUAACCAUUGAUUGUACUUAAAGUACUACCUUCAAAAAGUAGUAUAUAUUUUUUUUCUCUCUUGAAUCUUUCAAAUUUUGUCACACUGUAAACUUCUAACCUAAGGAAACUUUCACGCACGGCAACACAAAGUAGUGCAUACCGACAAAGUGGAAGGGUUUAAAAGAUUUUCCAUGCUUCCAUGAACUCCGACAACCUUUACAAGUUUGCUAGAAGAAGCAUCUCCACAGCAUGAUGCAGCCAGCGCCAUGUUCAACAGUAGGAAUGGUGCAAAUUCUGGGGUGCUUUUCUGUCCCGUAAGCUAUUGUCCUUGCUAAUGCUGCCUGUCACGUGUGCCCAUAGUGAGUUUUCUGUCCAGAAAAGUAAAUUGAAAUUGGGUGCCCUCUUUAUAUAUAGCUUCAAACACUAACAUUUGUCUAAUCGUGCUUUGGCUAAAGACAUUGGCAUUGGUGUUUGAGGUGGAGCUUCAAAUUCUCCCAAACUAAAGUACACAUUUUCAGUUUUGUAAAAAUAGACUGCAUUUGAUCGCCGAUUGUCCCAAAUGUGUAAAUAGUUCAAUUUGGGACACCUGAGAUGAUUACACUGAAUACUACCUGUUUAAACAGUGUGUGUUUGUUUACUUGUGUGUUGGUUGAUGGGAAGAAUGUCAAAGAAGGCCUACUGAUACUAAAUGUGACAUGUUGACUCUAUAGGAGACUUAUGAAGUCAAACCACUUGAUUUUAUUUAGGGAUGUCCAAUUGGGGUUGAAUAAACUGAAGCUAAAGAGAGAGAACGCGAAAUCCCAUUCUUUCAGCUUUACGACUAUGCACCACUUUGUGUCGGUUUUUCUUUUUAAUUUGUCCAAUUCGUUCAUACAAAACAAACGUUGCCGACCGACGAACAGAAGUAUCGACCGACAACAAAUUCAAAUGGAUCCAUUCAGGACAAAGACAAAACGCACAAC